AUGAACAGUGACACUCUAAUAAUUGACAGGUCGCUUUCUUUGAAAGAUCAAUCUCCAUUUAUUAUCAUCCAGGACAGUUUUGCCCAGUCAUCUCGAUUCCUAGUUGAUGAAAUCAUUUACAAGAGCGCCUCGGUGAUUUCUCACAAGAUUUACUUGUCAUUUGAAACUUUCAGCAAACCACCAUUUAUCAACGAGGAAAAAGACUUAUUUGUCGAUUGUUUGGGUUUAGACGGUGACACUGACCAGGGACUUGCCAAGAUUUUGAUACCAAUCAAGGAGUUCAUGAGGAAAAUCAUCCCUAAUAGUCAACUCAGCCAUUUUAAUGAAUCACCGAAAAUUACUACCAAUGCCAGUAUUGUGGAAACAUUGGCCAAUAGCACCAGUUCUGACUCAAAGAUCUUGAUCAUCAUUGACACGUUGAAUUAUCUUGAAGGUCACCAAAUAUCCAAAUUCGCUGCCGAUUUGAUGAGGAUCCAUCCGAAUUUUGUAAUAUUGUCGACUUUACACUCAUCAAUUCCCGAAUCAGGAUCUUCGAACCCAUAUUACCCUUCAAAAUCUAAUCUUUUAACCUAUAUUGCCACCACGAUCUUUGACAUCAGUUUCCACCACCCUAAUAAUAGUAAUGGUGACGCCAGCGAUUUUGAUGAUGAGUACUUGCACGAUCAAUAUUAUAAGAAAUUCAUGGUGCCUCAAGGACUCAACAGACCCCAGAGCAACCAAAUAAAGCUCCUGAAAUUUAAAAAAUCCGGUAAAAAAAUCGAGCUCCAAUUCUUGUUGGAUUCCCAAACCCAUGAGUUUAGUCUCUAUGAUCCAGAUGCCGCGUUGCAAGCCCGCGAAUCUGCGGUGGUGGUUGAAGGUGAUGAAAGCUUAUUGAAGGACUUGAGUACUUUCAAUUUGUCGACUAGUGAUAAGCAAAAACAAGCAAGAAACCAAGUGGAAUUGCCAUACCUCGACGCCCAAAAGUUCCAAGAUGGUGGGGCAAUUGUCUACCAGUUUGAAAAAGACGAUGAUUAUGAUGAAGAAGAUCCAUAUGAGGAUCCAUUUUAG